UCGCCUGAGGAGUUGUACUGGGUUUGCUGUCUUCCUCGAUCAUAGCACUAUGCUAAGAGCCUUAUAUAUUUCUGACAAAGUCGACUUUGUAUUUUGCAGGAUGCUACAUCUGCUGACAUAAGGAAAGCCUAUCGGAAAAUGUCUUUGAUCUUACACCCGGACAAAAACAAAGAUGAAAAUGCAGAAAUUCAAUUUAGACAAUUAGUGGCUAUCUAUGAAGUUUUGAAAGAUGAAGAGAAAAGACAGAGGCCUGCAAAUGGAAAAGAACGAUGGGAAGAAAACACGUCCCACCGAAGUCUUUCUGUUCAGAAUUGGACAGCCUUUCAAACAUGGCUAUCAUCCCAAUGUCCUGAAUUUGUGCAAUUUUUUGGGUACUAUGGGAAAAAAUAUCUAAAGUCAGUUUAGGAAGACCUUAUUGAAAUUUCUCCUCAUUCCUGAAAUGCAAGCAAAUCCCAUAGUAAUUCAUGAGUUUUGCUAGUUCCAGGUAUUCUUAUUAUAGCAUGAAUUGUCUUCUGUCAGAAGCUUGUUCAGCUCCGUUUUUGAGUGUCUGUCAGGAUCCCAUACUUAGCAUAUGUUGAUGUAAUCUGUCACUGGGCUGAUGGCACUCAAAAGAAAUGCUUCUUGUCAUUUGUUUGAAUUCAUGGUGGCUCAGUGAUUAGCACUGCUGCCUCACAGCACCAACGACCUGAAUUCGAUUCCACCCUCAGGUGACUGUCUGUGUGGAGUUUGCACAUUCUUCCCCCGUCUGUGUGGGUUUCCUCUGGGUGCUCCAAUUUUCUCCCACAGUCCAAAGAUGUGCAGGCUAGGUGUAUUAGCCAUGUGAAAUGUGAGGUUACAGGGACUGGGUGGGGGGGCGGUCUGGUUGGGAUGCUCUUCAGAAGGUUGGUAUGGACUCGAUGGGUGGAAUGGCCAGCUUUCACACUGUCGGGAUUCUAUCAUUUAAUCACAAUAUAUUUUAUGCUAUGCUUGUUACUCUUGCGAUCCUUAUCUAGCCCAUCACUAUCGUAUUGUGAACAGUGAUGGCUAGCAUUCAUAUUGAAUUUAUAGUAUGGAAGAAAAAUCUGAAGUUUGUUUCGCAAAUGUUUAGUUUUUCUGUUGUGAAUUAACUUGAUAUCUGAAAGUAAGAUAGACUUUGAAGAACUAUCACAAAAGUAUUUAAAGUCAUUUCAAUAAAUCCUUUUCCA